CAUCAGGCAAGCCGAAUUCAAAUGGAAAAUUUUGUUUAUUCUAAUUCGAUUUUCCAACAAAAUAUCUUGCAAAAUAUUCACCCAAUAAUGGUGAUCACACUACAAGACACCGUGUGGAGUCAAACAGCAGAAGAGGUGCAUCUUCGAGUCAUCUUCAGUGGUAAAUUGGAGCACAAGAAGUUGGAUAUUCUCACGCACAGGGAGUUUCUCAAACUCCAUCAUCCUCCCUUAUUUUGUGAAAUUUUCCUAUCCAACCCAAUUGAUACUGUUAAGAGCAAGUGUCGCAUCCUGGAGAAUGAGGUGAGAUUCACACUAAAGAAGCUAGAGAGCCAAGAUUGGGAAACAUUCGAGAAAAUCGCAGAAAAGGCAGAGAAAAUUCAAAUGAAGAGGGACUUUGUAACGGACUUGCACAUGCAACAUGAAGAGGAUGUGAAAGAAAAGGUUCAGCAGAAGGCAAAUGCACGUCAAAAGGACAUGGAAAAGGAGAUCUCAAGAGACGCAGAGAGACAGAAAGAAAUUGAAAAGUUUAACAGAAGCAUUUGCCAGAAAGAAAGUGCGAAAAUUGAGGAAUUGAGGAUUGAGAAACCGAAGAAAACCCGUGCGAUUUGCAUUCCGGAAGUGCGAAAGCAGGGAAACAUUACCGUUGAAUUCACAGAUAGACGUUUUCCCACGCCGAAGCGUGAAUCUCAAGAUCAUUUAGAGCAGGAAUGGAUUAAGAAGCAAUACGAAGCCAGGAAAGUCGUCGGAUUUAUCGAGGAAGAUCUCAAGCCGGAAGAGAGAAAUCCAGAAUGGCUAAAAGAGAAGGCAGCAGACUUCUUCGGGAAGAAGAACUACUUGGGAGCCAUUUCGGCCUAUUCGACAGCCAUUCAACUCACUCCUGAGUGCUAUGAUCUCUUCUUGAACCGCUCAGCUUGCCAAAUGGCAAUGGGAAAUCUGCAGAGAUGCAUCGAGGACUGUUCCAGGGCUUAUGAAUUGCUAACACCAGCCGUCGAAGCGAAUCUCUCUGCGCGAAUUCAGUGUUUGGCGCGCAGAGGAGCCGCUCUCUGCAAACUGGGACUCAUGAGACAAGGUCUGGAUGAACUCCAGGCCGCCCUGAAGCUUAACCCAGCGGAUGAGAAACUCCGCCGGGAUGUUGAAAUGAUAAAACAGAGACUCCUUGAAGACUCCGACACGGAUUAG